AUGCUGAUCAAGUACCUGCUGCCCCUCAUACCUUUUAACGCUUGCCCACAUCCACCAGCUAACCCGUCUGUCAACAGAGUUAGAACCCUCACAGGCAAGGAGAUCGAGCUGGACAUUGAGCCAGACUACAAGGUAUCCCGCAUCAAGGAGCGUGUAGAAGAGAAGGUGGGUAUUCCACCAGUGCAGCAACGGUUGAUCUUUGGCGGAAAGCAGAUGGCAGACGAUAAGAUCGCAUCAGAGUACAACUUAGAAGGCGGAGCCACACUGCAUCUGGUUCUAGCCCUACGAGGGGGACAUGGAGUCUUCCAUGUAGCUGCCCAGGUUAACACGGCGGCACCAGCUGCUGCACCACCUGUUCGAAGCCAUGAAUCUCUGGCCAGUCAUGGCUCAUUCAGUGGAACACCGACCGUCACUGGUGCUUUGAAGAAUACCGCAUUGGGAACGGAGAUACCUGCGAAACCUCCUGCAGCAUCAGCUACCACAUACCCGAGCGAUGGACAGCUUCAUAACCCUCAGCCAGCCCCUUAUGUUCCCGCCGGAGGACAAGGAACAAACGGAACGGAGCCAGUCUAUAAUGUCAAGAGUGACUUUGAUUAUGAAUCAUUGGCCCUGGCACUAUAUCAAGAAUGGAUCGAACUGGAUCUCUUCCGAUACGGCCUGAAGAUCUUCUCAGAGAAAGAAUUCACUGAUGCCGGCCUCACUUCCGAGGACCGAUAUCUGAUCGAGUUCAUGGCUGAGCAGGAAAUCGGCCAUGCGACCCUAAUCAGCAACAUCCUAGGCGCCCAGGCUCCUAUGCAAUGCACAUACAACUACCCUUUCACCACUGUCCGGGAGUACGUCGACUUUUGUCAAAAGCUCACUCGCUUCGGUGAGUCGGGAGUGUAUGGAUUCCUCGGACAUCUGAACUCAGGUGAAGCAGCUACGCUCCUGCUCCAGUCCAUUACCACUGAGGCUCGACAGCAGAUGAUCUUCCGCCAAUUCAACGGCGUGUUCCCUAUGCCCGUGUGGUUCGAAGUUGGCAUUCCUCAAUCAUGGGCCUGGACGCUUCUCGCACCAUAUAUCAGCUCAUGUCCAGCUGACCAGACCAGACUUGCCUGGCAAAACUUCCCGGCCCUUCAGAUCGUUAACCAGCCUAACCCAGCACGUAUAAAUGGAUCAGCAGGAACAAACGAGACGCUGACUCCCGGGAUGAACACGCUGAAGAGCUCAAACUUAACAUCAUCUGAAGCCUGUCUCAACGCAACCAGCCUGUCCAACGACUGCGGUCCAGCAAUCACCCAGAACCGCACAAACCCACUCUCCUACCCUGGCCGCGUCGUCAAUCUCUCAUGGGAAAGUCCCGGAAAACCAGUGGGGCCGAAUAACAGCUAUAUCACAACUUCGCAGGCCGGAGCUCCCAAGUUCGUCGUAUGGGUAUCGCAGCUUAACGUCACCUAUUCUCCCCUAAACAUGAAUGGAAAUAGCUCAGGAACUACCGUGCAGCCAAACCUGGAGACGUUCCAGGGCGACCCGGCGAUCAAUGGGACGAUGUUCAUUGCUAUCACCGACUCGGACACGCCGUACACGUCGUUUAACCUGUCAAUGAUCAAUCCACACGUCGUUGCUGGCCCAGCUUUGUAUCAAGCUGGCUGA